GACGAGACCCUGCUCUUCUCCCUCUUCUUCCCCACCUCCGCCUUACAUUAUCCUCCUCCUCCCCCAACCCAUUCCCCCUCUCUCACCCACCCAACAUCCUCAAAUACCGAUCAAUCAGCACCAUGGUGCAGUCCUCCAUCCUCGGCUUCCCCCGCAUGGGCAAGCUGCGUGACCUCAAAAAGGCCACCGAAGCGUACUGGGGCGGUAAGCUGUCCGCCGACGAGCUGCUCGCCGAGGGCAAGCGUCUCCGUCUCGAGCACUGGAAGAUUCAGAAAGCCGCCGGCGUCGACAUCAUCCCCAGCAAUGACUUCGCCUACUACGACCAGGUCCUCGACCACAUCCAGAUGUUCGGCGCCGUGCCCGAGCGGUACAGCAAGCACAACCUCUCCACCCUCGACGAGUACUUCGCCAUGGGCCGUGGCCACCAAAAGGACGGCGUCGACGUGCAGAGUCUCGAGAUGGUCAAGUGGUUUGACUCCAACUACCACUACGUCAAGCCUACUCUUCAAGACAACCAGACCUUCAAGCUGAACGCCGACCCCAAGGCCGUGCGUCACUACCUCGAGGCCAAAGAGGCCGGCAUCAACACCCGCCCCGUCAUCCUCGGCCCCGUCUCCUUCCUCCACCUUGGAAAGGCGGACCGAGGACAGAGCGUCGACCCCAUCUCCCUCCUCGACAAGCUGCUCCCCGUCUACGAAGAGCUCCUCAAGAAGCUCAAGCAGGCUGGCGCCGAGACGGUGCAGAUUGACGAGCCCGUCCUCGUCUUCGACCUCCCCUCCAAGACCCGCAACGCCUUCAAGCCUGCAUACGAGAAGUUGACCGCCCUGCAAGGCAACAGUGGCCCGCAGCUCGUGCUGGCCACCUACUUCGGCGAUAUCGUGCACAACUUUGACACCGUCGAUGCCGCCCUCAAGAACCUGCACGGUCUGCAUGUCGACCUUGUGCGCCACCCCGAACAGCUUGGCCCGGUCAUUGAGCACCUCGGCCCCAAUCAAAUCCUCUCCGCUGGUGUUGUUGACGGACGUAACAUCUGGAAGACCAACUUCAAGAACGCCAUCGAGCUCAUCGAGACCGCCGUUCAGAAGCUCGGCAAGGACCGCGUCAUUGUUGCCACGUCCAGCUCCCUCCUGCACACCCCGCACACCCUCGAGAGCGAGAAGAACCUGGACGCCGAAGUCCGCGACUGGUUCUCCUUUGCUGUUGAGAAGGCCACCGAGGUUGCCAUUCUUGCCAAGGCCGUCACCGAGGGCCCGGCGUCUGUCCGUGAGCAGCUCGAGGCCAACGCAAAGAGCAUGCAAGCCCGUGCAUCCUCCAAGCGCACCAACAACCCCGAGGUGAAGAAGCGACAACAGGCCGUCACCAAGGAAAUGUACAGCCGCAAGCACGAGUUCCCCGCGCGAUACGAACAGCAGAAGAAGCAUCUCAACCUCCCCAUCUUCCCCACCACCACCAUCGGCUCUUUCCCCCAGACCAAGGACAUCCGUGUUGCGCGCAACAAGUUCACCAAGGGCGAGAUCACCGCCCAGGAGUACGAGAAGUUCAUUGAGAAGGAGAUUCGCGACUCCAUUGCCAUUCAGGACGAGCUGCAGCUCGAUGUCUACGUGCACGGCGAGCCCGAGCGCAACGACAUGGUGCAGUACUUUGGCGAGCGUCUGGACGGGUAUGUAUUCACCACCCACGCCUGGGUCCAGUCCUACGGCUCGCGAUGCGUGCGACCGCCCAUUGUCGUCGGCGACAUCUCCCGUCCCGGCCCGAUGACGGUCAAGGAGAGCAAGUACGCCGUCAGCGUCAGCAAGAAGCCCAUGAAGGGCAUGUUGACUGGACCGAUCACCUGCCUCCGAUGGUCCUUCCCGCGUGACGACGUGCACCAGUCCGUGCAAGCCGAGCAGCUUGCCCUGGCGCUCCGUGACGAGGUCGUCGACCUCGAAGAGGCCGGUGUCCUCGUCAUCCAAGUCGACGAGCCCGCGUUGCGUGAGGGUCUUCCCCUCCGCGCCGGCGCCGAGCGCGAGAAGUACCUUAGCUGGGCUGUCGACAGCUUCAAGCUGUCCACCGCGGGCGUGCAAGACUCGACGCAGAUCCACUCCCACUUCUGCUACUCCGAGUUCCAGGACUUCUUCCACGCCAUCGCCGCCCUCGACGCUGACGUACUCUCCAUCGAGAACAGCAAGUCGGACGCCAAGCUGCUCAAGGUGUUCAUCGACGAGGCCUACCCGCGCCACAUCGGCCCGGGCGUGUACGACAUCCACUCGCCGCGUGUGCCGGGCGAGCAGGAGAUCAAGGAUCGCAUUGAGGAGAUGCUCAAGUACCUCAAGCCCGAGCAGCUGUGGAUCAACCCCGACUGCGGCUUGAAGACGCGUGGCUGGGACGAGACGAAGAAGAGCUUGACCAACAUGGUGCAGGCUGCGCAGUAUUACCGCCAAAAGUACAACAAGUAAAGAGGAUAUGAUUUGAUAAGGAGUAUUGAUCGAGGGAAAGAAAAGAGGGGGAACAAAGGGAGAGCAGCAGCGCUUUUCAACUUGCUUGCUUGGCUCGAGUGGGGUGGCGUGGAGUGGAGGGAUGGAAUG